ACGCGCUUCCGACCGCGCAAGCGCAGUAGGCCCAGUGCGUGCUGGCCGGAGUGGCAGGGGGCGCAGAGACCUGGGUUGCAGAAAAAGGAUCCUAUUGUUUGCUAUGUAAUCCUCAGAAUGGACUGGAAAAGAGGAAGAACUGGGUGGGAAUCUUUUGCGGAAACCCAGGGUAUUUCCAGACCAGUCCCUAGGUGCCAGCCAGAGCAUGGACUGACCAGGUACCUGGAUGGAGACCUGAACUGGAGGAGAUGCACAUUGGAGGAAAUUGUAGAGGCUGUCAGCAUGGAAAAGCAGCCCCAGAACAGCAGGAGAGGCCUCGCUCCCCGAGAGGUACCCCCAGCCGUUGGGCUGCUGCUGGUCAUGGCCCUGAUGAACACUCUGCUCUACCUCUGCCUCGACCGCUUCUUCAUUGCCCAUCGGCAGUCCCUGGUGGACCCCAGACACUGUCCCUAUGGUCACUUCAGGAUAGGACUGAUGAAAAACUGCUCACCUUGGCUGUCCUGCGAGGAGCUGAGAACAGAAGUGAGACAGCUGAAGCGUGUCGGGGAAGGAGCCGUGAAGAGAGUCUUUCUGUCUGAGUGGAAGGAGCGCAAAGUUGCUCUCUCACGGCUCACCAGCCUGGAGAUGAAAGAUGAUUUCCUCCAUGGACUGCAGAUGCUGAAAUCUCUACAAGGUGCACAUGUUGUCACGCUGCUUGGCUAUUGUGAGGAUGACAACACAAUUCUUACUGAAUAUCAUCCUCUAGGUUCCUUGAGUAACCUGGAAGAAAUACUAAAUCUUUCAAAGUACCAAAACGUGAACACGUGGCAGCACAGGCUGCAGCUGGCCAUGGACUAUGUCAGCAUCAUUCAUUACCUGCACCACAGUCCCAUGGGCACGCGGGUCAUGUGCGACUCCAAUGACCUGCCGAAGACACUGUCCCAGUAUCUGCUGACAAGCAACUUCAGCAUUGUGGCAAAUGACUUGGACGCCUUACCCCUGGUGAACCACAGCUCCGGGACGCUGGUAAAGUGCGGCCACAGGGAACUGCAUGGGGAUUUUGUGGCUCCAGAGCAACUGUGGCCCUACGGAGAGGACAUGCCUUUCCGCGAUGAUCUCAUGCCCUCAUAUGACGAGAAGAUCGACAUUUGGAAGAUCCCAGAUAUCUCCAGUUUCCUUCUGGGGCACGUUGAAGGGAGUGAUAUGGUUCGAUUUCAUUUGUUUGAUAUUCACAAAGCAUGCAAGAGCCAGACUCCCUCAGAAAGACCCACUGCUCAGGACAUUCUGGACACCUACCAGAAGGUCUUGGAUACGCUUAGAGAUACUGUGAUGUCUCAGGCAAGAGAAAUGCUGUGAAAACCAGACCAGCCAGUGAAGGCCAUCACACUCGGAAGGGUCAUGCAACUGGAGCCUUGGACCAUUGCCCCUUCUGCUGGGGACCCUUAGAUAAGCCUCUGAGGGAAAUCUGACUGCCAUUUUCCCAAGACAGAGCCCCCUGUCAGCAGGAAGCAGUUAGAUCGGUCUUUGGCCCUAUCCUUAUCCAUAUUCUAAUGGCAGUGAGAUGGACUUCUUCAGCGGGUGGGAAUGAAAUAGCCAGGUGGGAACGGCUCCCUGGCAAAACUCCAACUGGCCUGUGCGCUGGGAGGAGUGCGCACCGGGGCGGAGCCACAGAAGUUCGCUUCUCCGUUUGCUGCGGGGAGGAGCCUGGCCCCUCCUCUUCCUCGUUGGAACCUGGGAUUUAAUCUGUGAGGAGGGUCCCUAUUCCCCCUUUUCUUCCUUUUUAUCCAAUAAAACCCUGCCUUUCCCUUCAAA